AUGGCUCCCUCUUGGAGUCCAGUCCGCCUCGUUGCUUGCGGACUGCUGACUUUGGCAUCAUGGACUUCCACAGUCCUCGCCGACAAGACCGCCGCCGACUACUUUGUCCACUCGCUUCCUGGUGCCCCGGCUGGUCCGCUGGUUAAGAUGCAUGCUGGACACGUCGAGGUCACUCCGGAACACAAUGGCCAUCUUUUCUUCUGGCAUUUCCAGAAUCAACACAUUGCCGAUCGGCAACGAACCGUCAUCUGGCUUAAUGGUGGCCCAGGUUGCAGUUCCGAGGACGGCGCCAUGAUGGAAAUUGGACCAUAUCGACUGAAAGACAGGGACCACCUCGAGUACAACAACGGCUCCUGGCAUGAAUUCGCCAAUCUCCUCUUUGUCGAUAACCCCGUUGGUACCGGUUUCAGUUAUGUCAACACCAAUGCUUAUGUUUCCGAGCUCGACGAUAUGGCAAACCAAUUUGUCACUUUCCUUGAAAAGUGGUUCGCCCUCUUUCCGCACUUUGAACAUGACGAUCUUUAUAUUGCGGGAGAGUCAUAUGCUGGACAGCAUAUCCCUUACAUUGCCAAAGCUAUCUUGGCGCGCAACAAGCUGCCUGCAACCAAGCACCAGUGGAACUUGCAAGGUCUUCUGAUCGGUAAUGGGUGGAUCUCUCCGCCCGAGCAGUAUGAUGCCUACCUCAAGUUUGCCUACGAGAAGGACAUUGUCAAGAAGGGCUCAGAUAUUGCCCAGAAGCUGGAAGCCGCUUACAGUAAAUGCGAAAAAGCCAUUACCAACGGCGGCAUCAACCACGUCGACACCGGUGUGUGCGAGCAGGUACUACAAGAGAUCCUGCGUCUUACAGCAAAGAAAAAGGGCGACAAUACAGAAUGUGUCAACAUGUACGAUGUCCGACUCACAGACACCUACCCGAGCUGCGGCAUGAACUGGCCCCCGGACUUGACUUCCGUCACUCCCUACUUGAGAAAGCAAGAGGUUUUGUCAGCUCUGCAUGUCAAUCCGGGCAAGAGCACCGGGUGGACUGAAUGUAACGGCGCUGUCGGUGCCGCUUUUUCUGCCCAGAACUCGGUACCAUCUGUCAAGCUGAUCCCCGACCUCCUUAAAGAGAUUGAUGUUCUCCUCUUCUCUGGCGCCGAGGAUCUCAUCUGCAACCAUCUGGGAACUGAGGCUUUGAUUAGCAAUAUGGAAUGGAACGGCGGCAAGGGAUUCGAGGUUUCCCCUGGCAACUGGGCACCACGUCAAGAUUGGACAUACGAGGGCGAGGCUGCCGGUUUUUGGCAAGCUGCCCGCAACCUGACAUAUGUCUUGUUUUACAACUCAUCUCAUAUGGUUCCCUUUGAUUAUCCCCGCCGAACUCGCGACAUGCUUGAUCGAUUCCUCGGAGUCGACAUCAGUGGUAUCGGUGGCACACCUGCUGAGAGUAUUUUGGACGGCGAGAAGCUUCCAGAUACAACCGUGGGUGGCGCAACCAACAACACUUCGUCCGACGCACAGGAACAAGACCUUGCUGAUGCAAAGUGGGCUGCUUACCAAAAGUCAGGAGAGCUAGUUCUAGCUAUCGUUGCAAUUGGCGCCUCAGUCUGGGGAUUCUUCAUCUGGAGGAGUCGCAGGAAGAAUCGAGGCUACCAGGGACUAUCGGCUGUUGCCGAACGAGUACGUGGUGAUUCUGGUCUUGAAGGUUUCCGCAACAAGAGGACAAAUCGUGAUGUGGAGGCUGGAGACUUUGACGAGAGCGAAUUAGAUGAUCUCCAUGUCGCUACACCAACUGGUCUGAAUAAGGAGCCCUACAGCAUUGGAGACGACAGCGACGACGAGCAGUCGACCGAAAAACCAAAGGCUGGCUCCUCCAGGACUUAG